CUUCAGGCACCAGCAUGGGUUUUUUCAAGAAGAUGUUCCUCUUGCAAUUGGUAGAGUUGGUGUUAACUUACAACUUCAGUAACUGUGACUUCGAGAAGAUUCAAAAGGACUAUGAAAACAUUAUUUUUCCUAACCUGUAUGACUAUAUGAAUAAGACCGAAAGCGAGGAGCUCAACCAUGUCGCCUGUUACAACUCAUCGGAUUGCCUCACCAAAAUCGAGCGCCACACCUUCAGCUCCACCGUCUGCCCGUCACUCUCCCGGGAGCGUUUUGCCUUGACGACUAAGGCUACCUUCGCUCGCCAUUGCCCAGGCUACUUCAAGAUUCAGAUAAAUCGUACCCAGAAAAAGCAGCAAAAAGUCAUCCGUAACUGCUGGGAGCAAACUUCACAAAUAAAAGGAUGGUGGGAUUUUUUCAACCGACAUUUAGGAAAAUGAAACUCUCUUCAUUAGCAUCAUAUUGUAUAGCACUAAAAUAAAUCAUAUAUAUUAAGUAGAUAAAAUGUUAAAUCUGUGAUACCCUGUAUUUAAAAAAGUUACAUUGAACAAUAAUAAUUUACAAAAAUAAGUUAAAACCUUUUGUAAUGAAAGAAUAACUCCUAAUAUAGUCUUUAAAUUGUCACAGGCAGGCAUUUCUUUUACAUGUAAUGAUCCUUCUCAUGUUCUCAUACCAUAAAAUUGUAAAAGAAGAAAAUAAAAGCAAAAGAGAGUGUACAAAAAUUUCAGUUUGAAAGAAAUUGCCAGCAAAUUUUGUGAAAGCAUUCUCAACCAAGUGUUAAACAUUACCUAAUAGUCAAGACUGAACAUGAAAGCCAAUCCUGAAGAAGUAUCUUUGUUGCAGCUUCAAUCUUUGUGUAUAUGUAUUUUUAAAUUUUUAUAUAAUGUAUUUUUAAUUUAUUUUGUGAACACUUUUGAAAGUGGAAGUCCUGGUUUGUCAUAGAUACUAUAUAUUUCUUAAUAAAUAAAUCUUGAACUU